AUGGAGCCUCUCUUUGGGGUUGUGCUGGGUUUGCUGCUGGCAGUCGCUUCACCAGCCCAUGACAGCUGUACCUGUGCGACCAACAAGUGGGCAGUGUGUGCCCAGGACGGCCCAGGGAACUGCACCUGCAGGCUGGCAGGUUCACAUCACCCUGUAGACUGCUCAACCCUGACUUCUAAAUGCUUCCUGAUGAAGGCAGAAAUGAUCCCCCUGAAGGAGAAGCGCCUCUGGAGACCUCCCCAGGCGGUGUCCGACAGCGACGGCAUGUACGACCCCGAGUGCGAGGACAGCGGCGUGUUCAAGGCCCGGCAGUGCAACCGGUCCAGCAGCUGCUGGUGCGUGAACACGGCGGGCGUGCGCAGGAGCGAGAGGGGAGGCAGCAGCCUGAGCUGCAGCGAGCUGGUGCGCACCAGGUGGAUCUACAUCGAGCUGACACACAAGAGGAGCUCCAGCGCCUUCGCCCUUCCCGCCGUGGCCAAGGCCCUGACGCAGCUCUUUGAGAGCAGGUACAAGCUGCACCCCAAGUACAUCGCUGCCAUCAAGUACGAGCCCCCCCUCAUCCAAAUCCGCCUGGAGCAGAACAAGAAGCCCAGGUGGGAUGUAGAUAUAGCUGACGCGGCCUAUUACUUUGAAAAAGACGUGAACAACGACUCAGUGUUCCCAUCCAACAGCAAAUUAACUGUGUCGGUCAAUGGAGAUGCUCUGGCCAUUGAGAAGCUUGGGAUUUACUACGUGGAUGAAAAGCCCCCAGAGUUCUCCAUGAGGCAGCUGGCAGCCGGCAUUGGUGCCGUGGUCACCGUGGUGCUCCUCACUGCUGGCAUCGGCCUCGCCGUGCUGCUCAUCCUCAGGUGGCUGCGCACAAGGACAUACAAAAAAUUCGAGUGUAAAGAAAUGAGGGAAAUUAAAGCCCCAAGCUCAGAGCUGCCCUGA